GGCGUUGGUCGGUGUCACUGUCUGUUCUGGUGAACCUGAGACGGAGAAGACGUCCUUUAAAAUAAUCUUUGAGCGAAACCGGAUUCGGUCAAGUGAAGCACUUUAGCCUGUUGUUUUUAUUUGAGUUAGCACUCAGUAAUUUGCCUGAACCUGUCGAUAUGAUCAAAAACGGUCACCACGCCACCAGCGACCAGCGGGAUGAAGCUGGGUGUAGUAAGCCGGGUGGUUCCGUGUGCAGCCCGGAGAAAAGGAAGCGCGUCGUUCGGUUGUGGUGUGACGGCUGUUAUGACAUGGUGCACUACGGUCACUCCAACCAGCUGCGGCAGGCCAAAGCCAUGGGAGAUUACCUCAUAGCCGGAGUGCAUACAGACGCUGAGAUUUCCAAGCACAAGGGUCCUCCGGUCUUCACUCAGGAAGAACGCUACAAGAUGGUGAGAGCUAUCAAGUGGGUGGAUGAGAUAGUAGAAGGGGCACCUUACGUCACCACCCUGGAGACUCUGGACAAGUACAACUGUGACUUCUGUGUGCACGGAGAUGACAUCACACUGACGGUAGAUGGUAAAGACACAUAUGAGGAGGUGAAGCGUGCAGGCCGCUACCGGGAAUGUAAACGCACACAGGGCGUCUCCACCACUGACCUGGUGGGACGAAUGCUUCUGAUGACCAAAGCCCAUCACAGCAACAUGGAUAACCCAGAUUACCAGCAGCAUACAGACAACUUUGGCAAAGGUCCUAAAGGCCACAGUCCAUGGACAGGAGUGUCUCAGUUCCUCCAGACGUCCCAGAAGAUCAUCCAGUUCGCCUCAGGAACGGAGCCUCAGCCCGGAGACACCAUCAUCUAUGUGGCCGGGGCAUUCGACCUCUUCCACAUUGGCCAUGUUGACUUCUUAGAGAUGGUCUACAAGCAGGCGGAGAAGCCCUACGUCAUCGUGGGGCUGCACUUUGACCAGGAAGUAAAUCGCUACAAGGGGAAGAACUAUCCAAUCAUGAACAUCCAUGAGAGAACGCUGAGUGUCCUGGCCUGUCGGUAUGUGUCAGAGGUGGUGAUUGGUGCACCAUAUGCAGUGGGCAAAGACCUGUUGGAUCAUUUUAAGGUGGACCUGGUGUGUCAUGGCAAGACGGAGGUGUUUCCAGACAAGGAUGGUGCAGACCCCUAUGCUGAGCCAAGGAAGAGGGGGAUAUUCAGGACCAUCGAUAGUGGCAACAAUCUCACCACUGACGACAUUGUCCAGAGGAUCAUUGAAAACAGGCUGCAGUUUGAAGCCAGGAACCAAAAGAAGGAGGCCAAAGAGAUCGCGGUGAUUGAGGCGUUGAAGAGGAAAGAGCAGCAGGACCAGAGUGAAGCUGCAGCCCAGGCUGCUCACUAGUGAGACCCCGGACCUGGUUCUGUGUCUGACUUAUUCAUCCUGGUACACACAGCUUUAAGAGGGUGGACUCACCUGAUCCAGACGCACCGUCCAUGUUGUCCUAAACGGGGCCGGCUGGGUGAAAUGAUCUGGGAGAGGGCCAGUCGGUCUUUACUUAUCAACUACUGGGUACUGAAUCUUGCUUUGAAUAUCUGGUGAAGCAGUGUGUCAUACACGCUGCUGGGUUUGCACCGCUCUGUCUUCAGCUACAGACUAUUCCAGCCUAAUGGGAUUAGAAUAGAUCUGCCUUGACAAGAACACAAAGAAUCCACACACGUAACAUACUAAGAUUUCACCUGCAAAGUCCCUUUAAACCCCUCGUCCCCCACAGGGAACUUUUUAAUGUUAUCUUCUCUCAUGUACUGUUUUUUCAAAUGAAAUCACACACUACAUGCUGCUGUGUAGGUGUAGAAGAGGCAUGUUAAAUUUUAGUGAGCCAUAACUUAUUGACAAAAUGUUAACGUCAUUGUCACUUUUGUUUAUAGAUUUUAAAUCACAUUAGUUUUAAAUGAUCGGUGUUAGCAGUGACAUCAGUAAACUUGAAUGUGAUCUGUUUUUUAACACACUCAGAAAUCGUAGAUUUUGUUUUCAUUUCUCUAAUGUUUUAGUCCAUCCUGAAAAAAAACAUUAUUGCUAUGUUAAAUCAUCUGUGAACUAGUCUUCAAAAUUUAACUGUGGAUUUUAACUACCUGAAUUUGCACCGUGUGUGUGCGUGUGUGUGCGCGUGUGUCUGUGUGUGAGAGAAAGAGUGAGUUGAAUGAGGUUAGUUGGUGAGUGUUUGCACUGUACAUGAAAAUAAAAAGUAGUGCCUCAUUCCCAGAGCUAUAUUGUAACUAACCUACUAAUCUAAGGGCUGUGAAUUGUCUAAAAAUUUCUGAACUACCAGUUUGUUUCUGCAUCGGUCAGUAAAGUUGUCCUUCUUUCCUCUCCUCUAUUUUCGAGAAACGUUUUAGAUGACUAGAAUGUCCUCUUUUCUCCUUCAAACUGUCAAACUGCUUCUGCAAACUGAGGCAUACCACUUGGAGGUUAAUUGUUAAUUAUGCAAGACUGUGUUUAUAAAGUGUGUCUAUUGGUUGGAAGGUGGGAUGGUGGCAGGCUGAGAGAUAAGUACAUUUCUAAAUAUUAGAUGCCGGAGAUUUUCACAACCUUGUAAUCGCUAUAAUUGCAAUGUGUAAAUUCCCGUUUUUUAAUAAAUAAAUUGGUAAUAU